CCCGUGUUGCCGUUUCUUUUUUGUCACUGAUCUAGGAUCGAUUAAACACAAACUUUUUCUUCUUUUUUUGCAUGUUAAACUAAUAACGUGCAAAAGUUGUAACCAAGGCGACGAUGGGAGAUUUUUAUUCAGACACCAGCAGUAGCGACGGUGAGAAUGCGGGAGAAGUUCGCAACGUCAUGCGUCAGGUUAUGAGGCCACCAGGUCAUAGUGGCAAAGCCAAGAAAGGGCAUUUAGUGUUCGACGCUUCAUUUGAAGGAGGUAACCUUGGCCGAGUUGACUAUGUCUGUGAAUAUGAGUACGAUCUUUUUAUUCGUCCUGAUGUAUGUGAUCCUCGUCAUCGGGUGUGGUUUAAUUUUACCGUGGAAAACGUUCGCGCAGAACAG